CUCUCUCCCCUUCACCUGCUUGCUGUGUGGAACUGAGCAACUAACUGCUAGAUCCUUGGACUUCAUUCACAGCUGCUACUGACCGUUGUUGGGAGUUGGACUUCAGACUAAAUUUGGUGAGGUCGGAACCUUUGUGCAACCAGAACUAAGGUGCGGUAGUCCGCUGGGAGCCGGAAGGCUGUAUAAUUUGAGGAAUACCAGUUUCCUUCUGGCAGUUGAUCGCUGAGGUUCGGCAGUUGAGGCGUUCGGUGUUCGGCGUUCAGCGUUCGGCGUUCGGCGUUCAGCGAGUGAGCUCUGCGGCUUCAUUUCCUGAUAUGUACCGACCGAAUUUUCGACCCCCAACUCCUCCGUACCCCAGCCCGGGGAUAGGAGGUUGGGGUGGCGGAAAUAACUUCUGGGGUGCCCUGGGCGGGGGGCCGCGGCCGCCCUCCCUGUGGGACUGUUACAGGAGUCCGCACCACACUCCGCCCUGCGGGCCCCGUGCUAGGCCAUACGGGAGCCGCCAGUCUCAGCAGCACAGCAGCAACUUCUCAGGGGUCCGCUUCGCGUCUCCGUCCCCGGGCGGCUACCCAGGCUCCUACUCCAGGUCCCCCGCGGGGUCCCAGCAUCAGUUCGGCUACUCCCCAGGGCAGCAGCAGACCUACCCCCAGGGUUCUCCAAGGACAUCUACACCAUUUGGAUCAGGGCGUGGUAGAGAAAAAAGAAUGUCUAAUGAAUUGGAAAGUUAUUUUAAGCCUUCAAUGCUUGAAGACCCUUGGGCUGGCCUAGAACCAGUGUCUGUAGUGGAUAUAAGCCAACAGUACAGCAAUACGCAAACAUUCACAGACAAAAAAGGAAGAUACUUUUCUUAAUAUUUCUGAAAUUCACCUGGAAGCCUCAUGUGUCAGGAACAUCCUGGACAGAACUUUUACUUGUGUAAGAGUUGAACCCAAAGAUGAUGACUUUGAAUAAUGAUUAGCAGACCUUUGGUAUAUCUACAACUUUAUCAAGUGUUGAUAUCAGCGAAAAUGAUAGGCGUUCAUUUACAGUAUUUCGCUAUCUGGGAGUGUGUAUCAUAGAACACAGUGUAGUGGCUAUUCCUGGUUGUCAACUUGACAAUAUUUGGAAUGAACUACAAUCCGGAAUUGGAAGGCUCACCAGUGACCCUUAUCUGGAGGCUUGGAGUUCCUUAUCUGGAUCUUGGUUUGAAGAUCUUGAGCCAUAGUGGCUAUGGAUUCCAGAAGAUUGAAUCUCCGAGUUUAAGGAACACACCUUUAAUCUGGGCUACACCUUUCAUCUGGGAUUAAAGGUGUGGUGGAACACAUCUUUAAUCUGGGCUACACCUUCUGCUGGAGACAAUAUAAGGACAUUGGAAGAACGGAGUCUAGUUCUUGCUCUUGCUCCUUCGCCUGCUUGCUGCGUGAGACUGAGUAACUGCUAGAUCCUUGGACUUCCAUUCACAACUGCGACUGAACCAUUGUUGGGAAUUGGGCUGCCGACUGUAAGUCAUCAAUAAAUUCCUUUACUAUCUAGAGACUAUCCGUAAGUUCUGUGACUCUAGAGAACCCUGACUAAUAACAGAAGUUGGUACCAGGAGUGGUUCUAGAGUAACAGAAGUACAAGGAUGAAUCUUUUAAAAUACUGG